UUCCUCACCGGGAUCGGUUGACAAGCCGGCUGUGCGCUAAUUUUAGAGACCAUGUUCCAACACCCUAAAAUACGUCAAAAAUCGGGCAGCCGGUCUCCCUGUUGUUUACCACUCCCGGUACAUGACUAAACUCGUGCUCAGGGGUAUAAAAGGGACUGUACUGUGGGUGUUUACAUGUUUGUCCUCCCAUGCAUGAUACUCAGGCUCCGUCGAACCCCAUCCAUUGACAAGUAAAGCAAAGGAGAAAAUCCGGUUAGAGUCCAACCCACAAGCAGGAGUUGCCUCUUCACCAUGGCCGGUCGUCCGACCAGGCAGGCUUACAUGAGCUCCAGUGAUGAGGAGCCCGACAUGCCCAAGUCGUCGUUGGUCAAAACGUACGACGGCAGUCAUCUUGGGCUGGGGCGGCCCGACAUCUGGCUCUGCACGGGCCGGCAGCGGUUCCGAACCCACAAGGACCUGCUGGCCACCGAGAGCGACUACUUCCGUGCCAUGUUCGAGUCAGGGAUGCGAGAGUGCAAGCAAGAGGAGGUGGAUCUGGAAGGGUUUUCGGGGAGAGUGUUCGAGCUUCUCUUGGACUUUCUCUACACGGGGAAGCUGUCGGUGAAAAAGAUCAUGAUAGAGGCUUUGCUGGCCCACGCCAGCUUCCUCCAGAUGCGCUCGGUGAUGGAGCACAUCAAGUACCGUCUGGACAAUGAGAACUGUAUGGAGGUCCUGACGUACUCGGAAGUGUACGGAGUGAGCGACCUGGAGGAUAGCGCCUAUCGUUUCCUGAAGGACCACUUUAAGAACGGAGAAGACAUCUUGGGAAAGUUGAAGUACGAGCAGCAGGAGAGGUUUAAGGGACAGCUCAGGAGAUACCUUGUCGGUGUGGGAACCCACGCGGUCGACGUUACGUCGUUGUACGAUGACCAAUACCGACUCAUUCAGUACUUCGACGAGGACAAAGACACCUGGGAGAAGUUGACGGCUCUCCCGUCCGACUGCAGCACGAUAUCCAGCGGCAUCGCUGUACUCAACAACAAACUGUACAUCACAGGCGGACAGGCGGACUUCCAUAAGGUGAUCAGCCAGUUUCCAGCCAUGCAGGACAAGGCGUUCUGCUACGACCCCGCCGCGGACUCGUGGUCUGAGAUCACGCCCAUGCACCAGCAGAGGAAGUCGUUCUCGCUGGUGGCGCUGGACGGGAAGCUGUACGCGAUCGGCGGCAGGUUCGGGGACUACGCCCUGCAAACCGUGGAGGUGUACAACCCGCGCACAGACACAUGGGACUUCGUCAGCCCGCUGCCCUACGCCUCGUCCGACCACGCCGCCACCACAUGCGCCGGACACAUCUACGUCUGCGUGUGGCACCCGCCUAACACUACGGACAUAUACAGGUACAGUCCGAGAACUGACAGGUGGGAAAUGAAGGCCACCCUGAGGAGGACGCACAGCUACGGGCACUGCAUGGUGUCGUACAGGGAUGUGCUCUACGUCAUCAGAAACGGGCCUGACGCAGACUUCCUGCGCUGCGAGAUCGACUGCUUCAACGUCACGACCAACCAGUGGAGCUCUCUGAAGGGCCACUACAUCAACAGGAGAGGCUGUCUCUUCAAGAGCGCCAUCAUAGGCAACACGGUCUACACAGUCAACAAACUCAUGACCUUACCGUACACUAUAGAUAACGAGCAAUGGGUCUGUCAACCUUCAAAGGCUGGGUUUCCUCGGAGCGGGACAACCAACUGCUUUACGCUGUGUCUACCAAAGAAACCUCGUAAGGAGGUACCGGAGUGACCACGGGGGUGCUCGGGCCAGGGCAGGCCCUGAGCCCGUCAAGAGGUCGGGUUGUCUUGCCUCAGUGUGACAAGGAUCACGAAUGGCAUGUUUUGACUUGCACCAAAGGUUAAUAGUAUUCUACAUCCUUGGCGACAUUGAAUAGCAUAUUUUAAAAGGUAUCUCACCCAACAAAUCAUGUACACCAGCUAGAAAUCUCUAAAGUAUUUAAUCAAAUCAAACAUGAAGUCAAAUCUAUAUCAAAUCAUUGACCAAAUUCAUGUUCGAUAUAGUUUUAUCACUGAAUAUGUAUGUGGAAAUAGUUUUGCCCAGGAUACAAAGUCUUACUUUUGACGUCGCAAAAUGAUCUAAGAUUAUUAGAAGAGACCUGGCAAAGUGUAUGUAGGUAAAGACAGACAAACAUACAUCUUUGGUGCGGCGUUAGCGAAACCGAUGGAAGGCACAUGUAUGUGGUGCUGAGAAAGAGACUACUGACCACAUUAGAGAUACGCACAGUACAGUACCGCUAGACCGUUGCGGAGAGAGCACAAUCCCAACGAGUGAGGGGCUGCUACUCAGGCUAUGAAACAUCGCUUCAGGCAAGUAACGGUUAACGUUACUUCUUAACGUGACGUCAACAGAGCUUAGAGAUGGGAACUACUUUGGCCACCACGUGAGAAAGUUUGAGAAAGAAGGUAAAAAUAGCUAAAACGGUACGAGAAGUUGGUCUCAGACAGAGGAAUCUGGUAAACGGUAAAACACUGCUGUACAGUUCAAAACCAAAAGACUGAGAAACGAGGCAUUUGCACAGAGGCUUGAUGGAACUGGCCUUACCUGGCUUGGUAAUUGCAAACAAGUUCACAAGUGCAAUGGGAAGCGACAACGAAGCGUCAUCUGACGACUUUCAGAAUAAAUGCAAAACGUCUUAAUCACGUUUAGGGAUACAACAUGAGGCCUUAACUGACAAUUAACUUUCUUGGCGAAGGUAAUGAACUGAUGGUCAUGUCAGAUUAACUUCUGCACGCCAUCAACAGUAUGUACAGAGAUCUAGAAUUUUACGAUGAAAACUUUGUUGAAUAUCAGAUAUGAUACCUUCGUGAUCACCGACAUCAUUGCGAAUCCCGUGUGUACAUAUAUAUGAAAUACUUAAAAGUUGUGAUCUUUUAUGAAAGUUUUAUGAAAAGUAUAUAUAAACGGAUUGAAACUAUAUUGCUGUGCAAUUUAUCCCCCCGUUAUUGUAUUGCUUCCCCUCUAUACAGAUAACAUGUGAUGAUGUUAAGUCACAUGUUUAUACUGAUUAGUGUAUUAGUUGUUGUUGUCGGUGCAUGUUGAAAAGCAUGUGAAAUGUUUAUUUCAGGGGCAAAAGCUAUCGUACUGUGUAUUUCCCAAUCACACACAAACUUUGGCGAUAUUUUACUUGCACAUUGUUGUAAAAUGGAGGUCGUCAGUGGCCAUGGCGUACAGAUACGUAAUAUCAUGUUAGUUCAUUUGUCAUAUUCUGUAUAGUCAUGCGUGUGCACGACCUUGAGAAAUCCUAGUGGAAUUUGAAUAUAAGAAAGAAAAUACUGUUCACUAAUAA